AUGUCUGAAGGUAUUACUGAAGUUGACACCAACUUAAUCGAAACCAACUACGACAAUGUCGUCUAUUCUUUCGAAGAAUUGAACUUGAAGCCAGAAAUCUUGAGAGGUAUUUUCGGUAAUGGUUUUGAAACCCCAUCUUCUAUUCAACAACGUGCCAUCAUGCCAAUCAUUGAAGCUCGUGAUGUCUUGGCCCAAGCUCAAUCUGGUACCGGUAAGACCGCCACCUUCGCCAUCUCUGCUUUGCAAAGAAUUGACGCCGAAGAAAAGGCCACCCAAGCUUUGAUCUUGGCCCCAACCAGAGAAUUGGCUUUGCAAAUUCAAAAGGUUGUCAUGGUUCUCGGUUUGCACUUGAACGUUACCGUCCAUGCUUCUAUUGGUGGUACCCCAACCAGAAACGAUAUCGAAGCUUUCAAGAGCGGUGUCCAAAUUGUCGUUGGUACCCCAGGUAGAGUUUACGAUAUGAUCCACAGACGUUUCUUCAGAACCGACAAGGUCAAGAUGUUCAUUUUGGAUGAAGCCGAUGAAAUGUUGUCCUCUGGUUUCAAGGAACAAAUCUACAACAUCUUCACUUUGUUGCCAGAAACUACACAAGUUGUCCUUUUGUCCGCCACCAUGCCUGCUGACGUUUUGGAAGUUACCACUAAGUUCAUGAGAAACCCAGUUAGAAUCUUGGUCAAGAAGGAUGAAUUGACCUUGGAAGGUAUUAAACAAUUCUACAUCAAUGUUGAACAAGAACAAUACAAGUUUGACUGUUUGUGUGACUUGUACGAUUCUAUCUCUGUCACCCAAACCGUUAUCUUCUGUAACACCAGAAGAAAGGUUGAAUACUUGACCGAAGAAUUGAGAAACAAGGACUUCACCGUCUCUGCUAUCCACGCUGACUUGUCCCAAACUGAAAGAGACACCAUCAUGAAGGAAUUCAGAACUGGUUCUUCCAGAAUUUUGAUCUCCACCGAUUUGUUGGCCAGAGGUAUUGAUGUCCAACAAGUUUCUUUGGUUAUCAACUACGACUUGCCAUCCAACAAGGAAAACUACAUCCACAGAAUCGGUAGAGGUGGUCGUUUCGGUAGAAAGGGUAUCGCUAUCAACUUCGUUACUGACAACGAUGUUGGUGCUAUGAGAGAAAUCGAAAAGUUCUACUCUACCCAAAUCGUUGAAAUGCCUGCUAGUAUUGAAUCUCUUUUCUAA